AGCUGCGAGUGUCGCCAUGGAGCCGGGGCCCCCGGGAGCGGGUGCCCCGGUGGCCCCUCAGUCCCUGUCGCUGUGCGCGCGGCUGAGCUACGCCGUGGGCCACUUCCUGAACGACCUGUGCGCCUCCAUGUGGUUCACCUACCUGCUGGUCUACCUGCACUCGGUGCGCGCCUACAGUGCUCGCGGCGCGGGGCUGCUGCUGCUGCUCGGCCAGGUCGCCGACGGGCUCUGCACGCCCAUCGUGGGCUACGAGGCCGACCGCGCCGCCGGCCGCUGCGCCCGCUGCGGCCCGCGCAAGGCCUGGCACCUGGUCGGCACCUUCUGUGUCCUGCUGUCCUUCCCCUUCAUCUUUAGCCCCUGCCUGGGCUGCAGGCCCUCCACGCCCGAGUGGGCCUCGCUCCUCUACUACGCCCCCUUCAUCAUCAUCUUCCAGUUUGGCUGGGCCGCCACGCAGAUCGCUCAUCUCAGCCUCAUCCCGGAGCUGGUCACCAACGACCAUGAGAAAGUGGAGCUGACAGCUCUCAGGUAUGCCUUCACCGUGGUGGCCAACAUCACCGUGUUCGGGGCUGCAUGGUUACUGCUGCACUUCCAGGACCCCGCGGCCCCUAGCAGCACCCCAGAAACUGGGUCCCAGCUGGGGCCCCAGGACACAGCUGUGUUCAGGAACCUGGCCCUGCUGGUGGUGGGCGUGGGCGCUGUCUUCUCGCUGCUCUUCCACCUGGGCACCCGUGAGCGCCGCCAGCUGCCCCCCAACGAUGCCCAUGCUAAUGGGCAGCCGGAGCCCUGCGAGGAGACCCCGCUGCUGGCACCAGCCCGUGCCCGGCCACUGCUGCUGUGGAAGCACUGGCUGAAGGAACCAGCCUUCUACCAGGUGGGGCUGCUAUACAUGACCACCCGGCUGGUGGUGAAUCUGUCACAGAGCUACAUCUCCAUGUACCUCACCGAUACCCUCAACUUGCCCAAGAAGUUCAUUGCCACUAUCCCGCUGGUGAUGUGCCUCAGCGGCUUCGUCUCCUCUUUCCUCAUGAAGCCGGUCAACAAGUGCAUCGGGAGGAAUCUGACAUACUUUGCUGGCCUGCUGCUGGUCCUGACCUUCGCCUCCUGGGUGGCCCUGGCUGAUGUGCAGGGUGGGGCCGUAUACGCAGUGGCCGUGCUGCUGGGGACAGGCUGCGCCACCAUCCUCAUCACCUCGCUGGCCAUGACUGCCGACCUCAUCGGCCCACACACGCACAGCGGAGCCUUCGUGUAUGGCGCCAUGAGCUUCUUGGAUAAGGUGGCCAACGGGCUGGCAGUCAUGGUCAUCCAGAGCCUGCAGCCCUGCGUCUCGGAGCUCCACUGCAAUGCGCUUGCUGCCUUCUACCACUGGGCCAUGGUGGCUGUGACGGGCGGUGUGGGCAUGGUGGCCGCCUUGGCGCUGUGUAGCCUGCUGGUCUGGCCCGUCCGUCUACGCUGCUGGGAUGCGGCUCCAGAAAGCUGACCCGAGGACCCUCCUGCCGGGCCCCUGGACUCCAGGGCUGAUGUCAUAUAUUCUCUGCACCCCUAAUCAUCAUGGCGGGGUCUCCUAACACCCUGGGAACUGUGGGAGGUGCUUG